CGCCCAAUUGACUGACCAUUCCUUGCGGCGACCACAAACGGGCAACGUGCGGCGGUACAAAGCACGGCGCCGGCAUCAAUUGGUUCCGGAGUUAUUCUCGCCAGAGGACGUGGUGGAUAAAACCUGCACCCACUCCACUCUCGCCUCGGCAUCUCCCUACAGUUCUUCUCCUUAUACUUCUUCCAGGUUCUGGCAUCCUUCUUCAACAUGCCCGAAACGCUAUCCGCAACAUCCAACCCUGCAGAUCUCAUCCAAGCCCGGGACAAUACCCACAACCUGGUCUACUUUCCGUUUCAUGGCCUUGUUGGGUGCAUCCGCACGACAAUGAUUAUCUCUGGUGAACCGUACAAAUUCACGACAUUGAGAUUUCCUGAAUGGAGGGUUCAGAAGGACUCGACACCGUUUGGACAUGUCCCUGUCUUGCGCGAGGAGACAAAGUGUGGCAAAACAAUCGAGCUCGCCGAGAUCAGCACGAUUGAACAGUUCCUGGCAAGCAGGGCUGGAUUGCUCGGCAAGGAUUUCUGGGAGGAGAAUCUUGUCAAAAUGUACCUGAGUUCGACCCAUGCGCUCUUUUCAUUCUUGAUCCACAACGUCGUCCAGUCGCCGAAAGAAGAGCGACCGGCGUUCCUGGAAAGGUUCAGGACACGUAGUCUAACAGAGUGGAUCAAGUUUCAUGAGAAACACCUGAGGGCUAAUGGGGCCAAUGGUCACUACGUUGGUGAUCAGCUAUCGAUCGCAGAUAUCAAGACUGCGUCGGUGAUCGAACACCUUGUUCGAUUAUGCGGCGACAACGUCCUGAUUUCAGAAGAACUGACCCCUGCUAUCAUGGCUGUCAAGAACAAUGUCGAGAAGAAUCCCGCAUAUAAAGAGUGGAGGUCUUCAGAGCAGUACCAAGCGUUCACAGCUGCAAAUAUCAACUUUUUUGGGCUCUAAAGCGGUAAUCAUGUCAGUGGUUCCAGCGACAGGAUUAAGCGGCAUAUUGUUUUUAUUGGGAGCGGAGCACAAUAAAAUAGAUACGGUUGUACAUGA